CAGAAAUAUAUACCAACGCGUCUCGUCACGCGUCUUUUCUUUCACAAAACAAUUUCACUAUGGGAGAUAUCGACACGCCGCAGCUCAAGAAACGCAGGAUGUCCGACAGCGCUGAGCACGACACGCUCGCCCCCACGUCACAGCUGUUGAUCAAGAGACUUUCUGACAAGGCUAGGAUUCCCACUAGGGGAUCGAGUUUAGCUGCGGGGUAUGAUUUAUACAGUGCAGAGAAAAAGGUGAUUCCAGCGCAUGGCAAGGCGUUGAUUGACACUCAGCUUUCCCUUGCUGUUCCUGUCGGCACCUAUGGGCGGGUUGCACCUCGCAGCGGUCUCGCGUCAAAAUUUAUGAUUGACACAGGUGCUGGUGUCAUUGACGCGGACUACAGAGGCGUUGUCUUUGUUCUACUUUUCAACCUCUCAGACAAAGACUUCCAAGUCGAAGAAGGCGACCGGAUAGCUCAACUAAUCAUUGAGCGCAUUUAUACGCCUGAGGUUCUGGAAGUAGAUAACCUUGAUGUAACAAUACGUGGAACGGGAGGCUUCGGCUCUACGGGUGGGCACGGCUCGCUGUAACAUACCAUAUUUACCGUGCACGCACGCAUUAUUGUGAGAUUCUUAGAAGAAAGCCUCAUCUUUUGGAACGGGAUCAGAGGAUAUUCAUUACGAGUUGGGAUAGUUCUGCUUAUGAUGUUGAGCGCAGAUACCCCGGAUAUCUGUCGAACAUCCAAAUGAUCAACAUUUUUGUGACCCUGUGUCCAGGGCGUACUCACACCUGAUUAUAAGUACACAAUGCC